GCACUGGAUCCAUAAAUGUUUUUUUCUUAGCCUCGAAGAGACGCAUUACACCAGUGUCAUUGAACGCAUCAGUAUCCUUUAGCUGUCUGUGAAUUGAGAAAUUCUUACAAAUUGUGUACGCCUUACAAACGACACGUAGGUUACUGUUAUUGUAAAGAGGCUUUCCCAGAAUGGCGCGCGGGCAUCAAAAACUUCAGUCCCAGCAGAAAAAUGCAAAGAAACAGACAGAGAUGAAGAAGGCAAAGGGUCAUGACCAAAAGACAGCCGCCAAGGCAGCGCUAGUGUUCACCUGCCUGGUGUGCCGGACCCAGAUGCCCGACCCAAAAACCUUCAAGCAACACUUUGAGAGCAAGCAUCCGAAAUCCCCUCUGCCCCCCGAGUUAGAGGGAGUGGAGGCAUAAACGGUCACCAUGGAUACCAAACCCAUUCAAUGCCCUGCACCAACUCUGCACUUGUCUCAGUCUGACAGCAAUGGAUGAAUCGAUGUAACCAACUAAAAUAGUUAGCCAUAUCUACGUAGGCUUUAACGGGCCAGGUUGCUUUAACACAAUGCUUCCCCCCCCCCCUCUCCAGUCCUCUUUUCACUUGUGGUUAAAUAACUUGCGGGGCUAAACUUAAAUACCGGUUUUAAUUCCAGGGCCACUGGAGUUCCAGGAACCAUUCAAGUGUCGAAUGAAGAUUUCUCCCUUCCUUCACUAAGUUCCUCAGAACAGUCACUGCCCUGAUGUCUUAUGCACAUAGGAGUAUUUCUAGCUGCUAACUCUUGUACCUCUCUAACUCAAGCUUCAAUUAAAUCAAUUGUUUGAUAAACCUAUAAAGCAAAAAGACAUAUGUUGUAAAGGCAUAAAGUGUCUUCAAACAAAGCAUGGGAUUGGCUUGGGUGGGAAAAUUCAGAUUUUAAAUUUGCUACAAUCAAGACAAUGGCAGAUGUGACCUUGUCUUUUUUUAUUUGUGCUUCAAGCAUUGAAUCAAACUGAGCCUGUGGCGUUUUUUUCUCAUAUCAGUUGUUCAAUAUUGAAUUCUUCCACAGCGCUGUCUGCCGUUUUAAACUGCAAUCUUUCACCUAGCUAAUCAUAAUUUCAUGUUGGGUAAAAAAAAAAAGUGAAAUUUCACAGGCGAGUGUAAGCAACUUGUGUACACUUGGAUACGAAUGAAUGAAUGCUCCAAUGAUGUAUAAUAACAUUUUAUUAAAUUUUACUUUGUUGUAUA